AUGCCAGGUCAAGUUCGGGAUUGGCCUGCAUGGGCUGAAUAUACGGAGCAAGAGGUGACCGAAUCGAAGGACACUGACUUUAUCAACGCCAAGAAAUCCAUUAUCGCUCACUACAGUGCUGAGUCUCUGAGGCAGAGUUGGCUAGCUGUUUGCCAGCAACUCGAAACGGUCACUGAAGAGAUCAUCAGCAAAGGCCACGGCAUAAUACCUGUUCUUGAUGCCGCAGAUCUUUUGGAGAAGGGGUUCACGAGCGAGCAACAGGAUGAAGUGAAGCGAAUUGGGUCAUUCGUGAUUCGAGGACUUAUUGACAAGUCAGAAGCGAUUCAUCACUACACUGAUCUGAAGAAAUAUGUUGCCAACAACAAAGGAAAGAUCCAAGGGUGGCCAGCAGAAAGUCCUUCGAUGCUGAUGUUGUAUGACUCUCCUGUCCAGAACGCCCUCCGAGGGAAUCCAAACCAUCUGAGAGUCCAGGGCUUACUGAAUGAACUCUGGCACAACUACGACGAAGAGACGUCUCCUGAUCCAUUAGUCUACUACGACGGCAUUAGAGACAGACCACCAAAACAAGACUUCCUUGGCCUUGGCCCACAUAUCGACGCCGGCAGUCUUUGCCGAUGGGCGGACAAGACGUAUCGGGAGGCGUAUGGUAACAUCUUCUCCGGCAGGCCUGAGUUGCACGACUGUUACGACCUUGGGCUGCGGAAGGCCGCCGACCAAGAGCUGUACCCUGGCAUCGCACAUUCUUCCGUGUUUCGCUCUUUCCAGGGUUGGACAGCGUUGACAAGAGCGGCCCCGAACGAAGGGACCCUUCUUGUGUAUCCGAACGUUGCGACCGUGGUGUCGUACGUUAUGCUUCGACCUUUUUUCAAGCCUCCGAGAGACCCUGCGGAUGUGAUGGAUGCGAGCAAGUGGACUUUGGAUGAUUCCACAAACUGGUUCCCGGGAACGUUCAAAACGGAGAGCCAACGCUUGAGUCGAUCAUCGCAUCCGCACUUGAGACUCGAGGAAUGCUUGAUGCAUAUCCCUAAGAUGGAGCCUGGGGAUACCGUUUGGUGGCACACUGAUGUAGGUAUCCAUCUCGGACCUCGAGCGAUUUGA